AUGGCCCCCCUCCGUUUCGAGAAUGAGAAUACCCGGAACGCUUUAUUUCAGCAAGUUGCAGGUUUGGAAGCAGAAAUGGCGCAUAUGCGGGCCCUCCUCCUUCAAAAAGAAGAGGAACGUCUGCGAUUAUAUUCUAAAAUAAAUUCCCUAUCCCUAUUCGAUCAACUUCCACCAGAGAUCAAGACUGAAAUAUUCUACAACACUUUGAACCAGUCAACAGGCUGCUACGACUCCAUGGGAGUGACUCCCCUUUCUCUGGGAAAAGUUUGCCAUGGUUGGAGAGAUUUCGUUUGGUCAACUCCAAUCCUUUGGACAACCCUACAUAUACGGCUGUCGACGGAUAACUACGAGACCCAGGCCAUUCUUCUCCGUGACUGGCUGUCCAGAACCGGAGAAUACCCCAUCUCCUUUUAUCUUGAUACGGAUGGGUUUCUGGAGACGCGUGAUCAUUCUCCGAUAGAAGAAGUUUUGACCCUCUUUGCGUCUGUCUCAGCACGAUGGAGGGAAAUAGAAAUCUCUUCUCCCGACCUUCAAGCUUACUUUGAUGUCAUUUUCACCGCUGAACAAUCCCUACCUCUUCUUACUACUGCUACCGUUUGGCUAGGCGGGAUGGAAGAAGAGUUCAGUCUACUCAUGAUGGCCCCACAACUCUCAGAACUUCAUCUUUAUCGCCCCGUUCUGCGCAAGGUGCUAGCUCCAUGGCACCAAUUGCAGGUGUUUCUUGCAUAUCGCUUAUGCGUGGAUGAGAUUCGGCUUUUUCUUCACAAUGCGCCUCAAAUAGUCCGCUGCACCUUUACAAACAUUGAAUCAUCCAUUCUGGAGCCUUCAUUGCUGUUCCAUCAGCCGCUCCUGUUGGAACAUCUGCAAUAUCUCGAGCUCGAUUUCAGGAAUGUAAAUGUUAAAUCAACUUGGAUUUUAGGGCAAGUCAGACUUCCUUCUUUGCGUGAAGUCUCCCUCCGCAACCCUGUGCACCCCCCCCAGGACGCUCUCCCGUUUCGAAUUACAAGUUCAUUUCAAUCCUCGCCUCUCUUGGAAAAAUUUACUUGGAGUGGCAUGAUCAUGACUGAUCAUGAUUUGAUUCAGGCUUUAAACAACAUUCCGUCAGUGAAGGAUCUAUCUCUGGACUUCCUCGGUCAUCACCCCUCCAGCAAGUUACUCACUGAAACAUUGCUUCAACGACUCCACUUCCCUCAUGCAGAAAUUCUUCUCCCGAACCUGCGAAGCUUCACGUACCGUGGCCCCACUUCACUCAGUGAACACAUGCAUCUGUUGCGAGAUGUGCUUGUGUCCAGAUUCCGAAAGUGCGCUCCGCGAGCCGCCGAAGUAGUCUCAGAACGAACCACUGUAGCCCAAAUCAAGUCGGUGAGCGUCACGAGCUUCUCAGAGUUCGUCGUCAGUCCGGAUAUACAAGAAGAACUAAACAGCCUUGUGCAAGCAGGCCUGGAAUUCUCGUUAGCUUUCGAUCCGAUUUAG